AUGCUUACCACCUCGUCAGACCAACAGGACAACCUUCAGAAGUUAGACCUUCAACUUGGCAAGGUCAUUGCUGAUGCUAUUGAGAUAUUCACCGGCGCCGUCAAUCGUCCCCUGAAGCUCUUGAGUGUAAUCUUCAUGGGGGGGAUGGUAACGCUAAUGAGCGCCUCAAUGCUCGCCCCAGCAGUGGGCUCCAUAAGCACCGACCUCUCAAUCACCGAAAGCGAAGCAAACAUGGUCGUUUCAAUCUUUGUCCUAGCCUUUGCCUUCGGCCCUAUGGUUCUCGCGCCCCUCGCCGAAGUCUUCGGCCGCCGCUGGGUCUGGAUCCUCUCGUCGACCUGGUACAUCCUGUGGAAUACCGUUUGCGGCUUCUCCCACACGCGGGGUCUACUCCUCGCUGGCCGGAUUCUGAGUGGUAUUGGUGCCAGCGCUGAGUAUGCCAUUACCACGCCUGUGCUGGCGGAUUGUUGGCGGGCGGAACAAAGGGGUCAAUCGUUUGCGAUUGCGACCUUUGUGCCAUUGCUGGGUCCGGCGAUUGGGCCGAUUCUCGGCGGGAUCAUUACGGAGAAGAUUGGGUGGCGGUGGCUUUUUUGGGUGCUGUCGAUUUUUGAUGGGGUGCUUGUUGUUUAUGCGAUCCUGUUUUUCCCGGAGACGUAUCAUCGGCUCCUACUUCAUCGAAAGGCGUUGAGGUUGCAGAAGGAGACGGGGCGGUCGUAUCGGGCUGAGUCCGAGGUGCAUGCUCAGCCGUUGCUGAGGAAGCUCGGAUAUAGUCUGGCGCGGCCGUGUUGGAUGUUGGCUACCCAGCCGACGAUUCAGAUUAUGGCGAUUUUCCUGGCUUAUAACUACGGUGUGCUGUUCUUGGUUCUGACCAGCUUUGCUUCGCUGUGGACAGAUAAGUACCAUCAGUCGGUCCUUAUCAGCGGUGUUCACUAUGUUGCUAUUGUGAUCGGUUACACCGUUGCCGCGCAAGGUGGUGCUCGCAUCACGGAUUGGCUCUGGAAUUACCUGACGCGAAAGCGAGGACAAACGGCGCCUGAAUAUCGGAUUCCACUCAUGAUCCCCGGUAUGGUCUUUCUGCUGGCUGGUCUAUUUUGGUACGGCUGGGCGGCGGACGUAAUGGCUCCGUGGAUUGUCGUUGAUAUCGGGGCUGCAGUAUUCGGGUGUGGAGUCAUCCUCAGCACUCAAGCUAUGCAGCAGUAUGUCAUGGAGUCAUACCGCGAAUAUGUCGCCUCGGCGAAUGCAUCCAGCCAGUUUUUGCGAAGCAUUUUUGGAUUCUGCUUUCCCAUCUUUGCCCCAGCGUUAUAUGACCGCCUGGGGUACGGAUGGGGAAAUAGCGCUUUGGCGUUCAUUUUGAUUGGAUUUGGGGUGCCGGCACCUUUUAUCAUAUGGGUGUACGGCGCUAGGCUAAGAGCUAAAGGAAAGCAAAGAGCGAAAGGGAAGGUCUUUUUAGCUUGGAUUCAAUGUCUGAUGAUAGAUAUCACUACUACCAUCCCGUCCAUUUCAUAUACCACGGCAACUGGGUCGCGAAUCUUCUUUGAAGUGCCAAUUCCUUAA